AUGAACAAUUGUGGUGAUAAUAGUUACAUUAACAACAACAAAAAUACAUACUCUAAUGAUACAACUACUAGUUGUGAUGCUGCUGCUGGUGGUGGUGGGCUGAUUGCAAUUACCAUCAAAUCCUCCUCCUCCUCCUCUGCUAUUAAAUUGAAUGAUCCUCACCAAACAACGACGACCACCAUCACCACUGUUUCAAACAACAAUAAUAAUAAUACCAUUAAAAAUAUCAAGACAAGUAGUAGUGGCGCCAACAAUAAUAUUUCGUCAUCCAAUCAUCAUCUCCUUUAUCAAAACCUUCAAAAUCCGAUUCGGAAUUAUAAUAAUAAUAAUAAUAAUAAUAAUCAUAACAAUCAUCUUAAUACUUGUCCAACAGCAACAACCAUCAUUAAUACUUGUUCCGGAACAGUUCAGAGUCACAAAAAAAGAAAACCAUCAAGACAAAAAAGUACUCAUCAUUUUAUAUUGAAUCCAUUUCUAAUCUGUUUAUUUAAUCGCACCAACAGCAACCGUUCACUCCAAAACAUUAAUAUUACCAAUCGUACGAAAAGCAUUCACAGUAGUUGGAAAUCAAAAAAUAAUAACAAGUGCAAUAUCAAAUCAAAGAACUAUUUCAACAAGAAGCAAUUACAAAAAAAGAAACAACAAAAGAAAAAGAAAUACAUGGUCCUAUCAAAUAACCUAAACAUGUCAAUGACACCCAUCAAGAAUGGGUAUAUGUAUAGAUUAGGAGGAGGUGUUACCAAUUCAAUUGAAAGUAUAUCAAUUUUUGAUAUUCGUAAUAUUACAUUAACAUAUAAAGAAGUACACCAACAACAACAACAACAACAACAACAACAACACCAACAAAAUUCACAACUAUUACAAACCUCUUUAUCCUCUUCUUCUUCUUCCUCUUUGCAACCACAAAUCGAUAGUUGCACAGGAUUUAUCAUAGAGGUACAGAAUGCUAGCAAGAUUGUUAUUCAAGUUGCCCCACUUUCGAUAUUGGCAGAUUGGGUUGUCAAAUUAAAUGGUUUGAUACACAAUAGUUUUGCAUCACAUCUUUCAGAGUUUGAACACAAGAAGUUGCUCUCUAUACUCUUUAAAAAUAAUAUAAAAGGUGGAAUUAUAAAAUCCGCACCCGAUGACGAUGAAUCGACUUAUUUACCAAAUGGUAGCAUUACCAUUCAACAACAACAAAACCAAAACCCUCUCCUUAUUAAUUCAUCUUCUUCCUCUUCCUCAUCCUCCUCCUCCUCCUCCUCUUUACCAUCCACAAGCUUUAAAAUUCCUAUACCAACUGGACCAAUUGAGUAUUUUUGGGAUGGUGAAUGGUUUACUCCAACCAACUCUGCAAUUAGAGGCUCUAUUGGGUAUGGUAGAUUUAAUGGUAUCUAUCUAGCAUGGCACAUUGACGAUUCUGGAUCCAACAAUAUCAAUUUAGCGUCAUCCAUGACCUCAUCAGUUUCAUCAACAUCCUCUGGUUCAUCCAAAACCAAAUAUAAUAACCAAGCACCAUCACUUCCAAUUCUUGUUUAUUAUUGGGAUGAAGGAGAAAGAGAGUACCAAUUAAUGGACAAUCGAAAAGAAUUUACUUUUAAAUGGACAAGACACUUUUUGGCCAGCAAGUAUCGACCAGAUACUUAUUCAACAGUUGAGGGUAUGAUACCAGAGCCAGUUGUCAUGUUCCUCCAACUCGUUAAAUACAGUGUAAUCAAAGACCACCCAUCUUCCCCAUUCAACCAUUUAUUGUCUAAAAUUCAAUCCAAUAUUCGAAAUAUUUGCAUCAACAACACCACCACCACAAUCACUGACAAUGCAAAUGAAAAGGAUAAAGAACAACAACCACUUUAUACACCUGUACAGAAAUUAAUACCUUUUAAAGAAGAAGAAGAAGAAGAGUCCACCCCACUGCCACCACCGCCACCAACACAACAAGAAAUUUUAAACACAACCGAAUUCAAUACAGCACCAACCACAUCAACAACAACCAUUGCAUUGAGCUCCUCACCCAUACCAAUUCCCGAAGAAUCCUCCAUUGAUUUGGAACAAACAAAUGUUGAUCCAUUAAAUGAUGAGAUUGAACAUACCACCAUCACCACCACCACCACCACCGAUAAACCAAAUAUUAUGUCAAUCAAGAAGUUGGUAAUACCACAACAACCAACAAAUAAUAAUCAACAACCAUACCCCGAUAGUGCUGUGCUUUUAACUCCAUACACCAGAGGACAGGCUUUAAUCAAUGUCACACAUCACCUCUUUACCUCUGACUUUACGAAUCAUGAUGCCUCGAAAAUUGUCCUUUUAGCACAUUCUCCUCCAUCCUCUCCGUCUUCAUCCCCAUUAACAGAUAGUCCUAGUCUUUCCAAGGACAGUAGCACCCUUGGUACUUUGACUAGUGCCAAUCCAAUUUUGGUUGAAAAAACCCAAGUAGUCAUCCCCAACCCCGUUUCAACUGAUUUGGGAUUCGCUCUAGAUGACAGCUCUCUAAAGGAAUCAUUUGAUUCCUUGUCAAAAAUGUUUAGCAAGAUGGAAUCCAAAAAAGAUGGUGAAAAGAAAAGUACAAUCAAACUUUUAAACGAUACAAUCUUUGAAUCUCAAAAGAUACAAAACAGAACAUCGGUCAAUCUACAAGUAGAGUCAUCAACUUUUGUGUCUAAAGAACAACAAAAUGGAACUACUAUUGUUGUUGCUGCCGAUCAAUUCAUAUCUCCUACCUCCACUUCAUUGCCAUCAAGCUCAAUCUUAAAGCCAGUCGAUUCUCAACUGGCCAGCGAUUUGAUUGGAAAAUUUGUAAUUGAUGAUUAUUUUGAUCAGCAACCGAUAGACAAUGAGAACUCUAUUAAACCUAUUACCAACACUACAAUCUCUAUCUCAAAUAGAUCAACUCGCUCAUCAUCGGUUUCAUCUCCAUCGACAGGCUCAACCACUAAAUUAUUCAACUAUAGUCCCUCUAAUCAACAAACAACUCCAAUAACAAUGAAUAGAGUAGGGAACUUUACCACCAGACAACAACAACAACAAAUCAAUGCAAACUUUAUUAAAUUGAAUGCAAACAAUGUACAAUUCACCUCGACGCCAUCCAAUUCACCAAAUCUUCACGUUUGUACUGCAUCACCAUUGUCAACCCUUGAAAUAACAGAACCACUUGGGUCAGUUAUAGGACCAACGAGUGACCUAGAAAAGAAGAAUUAUAGAAAACCAUUAUCAAAAACUAAGAGUAGUGACAAGGUUGUCAAUAUUAUCGAUAAAAUUGCCUCAACAAAGCAAACAAGACAAUCAUUUUGCCUGGCAUGUAGUCUUCCAAUCAAUGGCCACAUGAUGAUUGCUCUUGGCAAUAGUUUCCAUAAAGAUUGUUGGAAGUGUUCCAAAUGCUCAAAAGAAUUGGGAACCAAGACAUUUUACCGACAAUUGGCUCAGUCAAAUUCAAACAAUGACCUAAAUUACCAACCACAAUUGUCAUUGCAAUCCCCACCUGCCAUUCAAACAUCAUCAACCGACUCGAAUGGAAAGAGCACACCAAAGCUAUCAAACUCACCAUCAUCCUCACCUCGUUCAUGUAGAACAACUUCGUCCAUCACAAAUUCAUUGUCCUCUUCUCCAUCUACUACAUCACCAACCUUACAAGGCCACAGUGGCACAAUCAAUGUUUAUCAACAAUUGUCUGGUGGAGGAGGAGGAGGAGGAGGAGCAUUAAAAUACCUUUGUGAAAGUUGCUACAAUGAUACUUGUCCAAUAUGUCCAACAUGCAAUGAGUCUGUAAUUACAAUCAGUACGGGUCAUUCAAGUAAUGUUGGAUCAUCAGCAUUACCAAUUUUUAGCUAA